GGUCGUACAUUACGUGGAUGUACAUUAACCGGACUCGAUCUUGUUCGUGCGAAGUGCGAAUUGGUGUUUGUGAAGAAAAUAAUUUUAGGGCAAAAAAUGGCAUCGAAAGCCCUGUCAAACCCUUUGUUUCAAUAUGUUGCAAAAAGGGGAUACGCGGGGGCUCUGGCUCUGCCAGCCGCCACAGAGGCUAAGAUUCAAAGCUGCGUGACUGCCACUAACACCCUAGUAGCAUCGUUGGAGAACGGCUCACCGGUUACCAGGAUUACUGUUGCCUUCAAGGCCGGAAGCCGUUACGAACCACCCACUGAGACAGGCAUCGCACACCUGCUCCGCAGUGCGGCUGGCCUUACCACAGGCAAUGCUAGCAGCUUCAUCAUUGCCCGCAAACUUGCACAGGCUGGUGCCAGUGUUACUGCUUCAGGAGACCGAGAAUUCCUCUACUACACCCUUGAGACCACCCAAGCGAACCUGAACGGAGCCAUUGAGUGCCUGCACAACUUGGUUUCAUGCCAAGAGUUCAGACCCUGGGAAAUUAGCGACAUCACACCUCGCUUGAAAUAUGACAUUGUAUCCCUGUCUCCUCAGAUCCGCGCCAUAGACCUGUUGCACAAGGCGGCCUACCGCACCGGGCUCGGAAACUCGCUGUUCAUGUCGCCGCGACGCAUCGGCUCCUUCUCGUCCGAGUCCCUACAGCACUUUGCCCAGACCACCGUCAUUCCCAGCCGUUGCGCCGUCGUUGUUGUUGGUGACUCGCAGGAGAAGGGCCUGCUGAUUGCCCAAGCACUGCAGCUGCCCUGCGCCAACACUGAAGCCUACUGCAAGCCCACCAAAUACUUCGGUGGUGAAAUGAGGAAGGAGAUGGGCGGUGACCUGGCGCACGUGGCUUUGGCCCUGCCAGGUCUCGAAGCCAACAAUCCCGGCGCCCUCGCUCUCGCUGUAGCAGCUAAGGCUCUCGGCAGCGGUCCCUCUACCAAGUGGGGAGCAGACCACUCCUUGCUGUCACAGGCUAUCGGUAACAUCGGCCCCUUCGCCGCGGCUGGCUUCAACGUCUCUUACUCUGAUGGUGGUCUUUUCGGUGUCGUCCUCUCCGCGCCCAAGGACGAAGUUUGCAAUGCCGUGAAAGCCGUGGCGAAGUUGCUGAAGAAUUGCCCUCUGGAUAGCAACAGCAUCGCCGCUGGCAAGAACCAGCUGAAGCUCCAGGUGCUUACUGAGGCAGAGAACGGGACUGCCUUGGCCGAGUCACUCGCAGCCCAAGGACUCUACACUGGCAGCGUCAAGUCCCCAACGGCUUUGGCUCAUGCCAUCUCCAGCAUUAGCGACAGUGAUGUUGUUGGGGCUCUACAGAAGAUUUCGGCCUGCAAGCUGUCAAUGGGUUCAGUAGGAAACCUGGCAUUUGUUCCUUGGGUAGAUGAACUGUAAAUGUAUUGUUUUAGAAACACAUAGUAAAUAAAAUCAUCAGUUAUAUAAUGUAAAUUGAUCCAUAAUUUAUUGAUCUAUAAAACAAAUAAACAUUUUUUUGUUAACCGA